AUGAGUCCUCUCACUCCGGAACAAAUUGCCUCUUACCACGAGAAGGGCUACCUCCUGCUUCGCGUUCACGAACAUGGUCUCAUUGACCCAGUAGCCCUGAAGCAAUGGGCAGAAGAAGUCAAAUCCUGGCCGCGAGAGAAGGGGAAGUGGAUGCCGUACGAUGAAAUCAACAUCAACGGCGAACGCCAGCUCAUGCGAACGGAGAAAUUCAUCGACUACCACCCGCAAUUCAAGGCACUUGUUUGCGGAGAGCAGCUCGCUGCGAUUCUCAAAGCAGUAUCUGGUGAUGAUAUGCUCCUUUUCAAAGACAAAAUCAACUACAAGCAGCCAAAUGGCAAUGGCUUCAAGGCUCAUCUGGAUGCUCCCGCUUAUGACCACAUUGGUCGAAUUGAGCACGUUACUGCCAACGUGGCUAUUGAUCCCGCUACUCCGGAGAAUGGAUGUCUGGAAGUGGUACCGGGGUCUCACCGCAUGCAGGUGGAAUUCGAGACCGGAGGCCGUAUUAAACCAGAGUGGGAGAAUACGCACGAAUGGACCUCAAUCCCGCUAGCGGCCGGCGAUAUGCUGAUUUUUGGAUCUCAUCUUGCUCAUCGGUCAGCCGAAAACAAGACGCCAAAGAGUCGCUCCAGUCUCUAUGCGACAUUCCACGGAAGAAAGGAUGGCCUGGAUUUGAGAGAACGGUACUAUAAGCAUCGCAUGGAAUUUUUCCUCCAGAACACGCUGAUAAUAUCCGCGACAGAUCGUGAAGAGGGCAAGGACUACUCACAGGGGUAUAAGACCUACGGCUUUGCCGCUCCGUUUACCAAGAUUGAGGCUACGACCUCUACAGCUCCUGCUGUGGCG